UUCCAAACAAGAGGUUGUUUUCUCUCGGGAGGAGUUUUGCUCAACAGUUGACUUGACGAGUUUCUGUCACUGUUCGUUGCUUCUCGUCACCGGAGGAGCAAUUACGGUUUAGAUUCGACCCGCCCAGAUCCUUCCAACCCGUCUAGAGUGAGAAGCGGUUUCUCAAUUUCUUCAACAAUGACGAAGGAACAGCAAUCGCGGCCGUGGUUUCUAGAUCUGGUACCGGCUUUGGUGGUUCUUCUCGCCGCAGCUCAUGUCAUCGCUAUGGUUUACUGGAUUUACAGAUUGGCCACUGAUCGUCAGCCUCAGAGACGAAAGUCUCACUGAGGAUUAGUCCAUCAGAUCUGGUUCUUGGGUUGGAGCUUUGGUGCUGCCAGAGAUGAGAUUGUAAAUUCUUGAAUACAUGUGUGGUGACCUGAAGAUAGCAUUUAAUCCCAAUGACAAGAGUGAUAUGGAAAAGUUGUAGUUGAAAAUAUUGUUGAAAAAGAUGCAGAUUCAAGAUGAGAUUUAUAUCGGAUUGGAUGGGGGGAAAGGUAUUGACUAACAUUUAAAGUUUCUCUCAAAGGGUCUGUUUGCAAGCUGUAUGUGGUAGAGCCAUGACCUUGAUGACUAAGAACUCUUUUCAAGUA